ACACCCAACUCCACCUCCUAUCUUUGCCUUGGCAGAUAACCGUAUUGAAGGCUGGAUUGGACUCAUCAUGGUGCAGCAGUUGAAUGGCGGGAUAGCUCGAGACAUGGUGAUGCCACACAAAAGACAUGCUGUGUCAUGGUCAUUUAAGAUGACUUCCGUACCUGUGCUGGGCAAGUUCCGACCAAUUGUGGGUCAGUGCUGCCAACAGUGCACUCCAGACAGUCUGUCACGCUAUCGUAAGACGUUUGGACAAAGCCCCCGCCUUGACUUCCACAAUAUUCUCUGUGUCGAUGAAACUCACACCAGGUACAGAGGCUGGCUAGUGCGGAGGAUAUGCUGCGUGCUGUUUGUGAGUGGGCGCAAGGUUUAUCCCAGUCCUGUUAACAGCCGGCAGGAGAGCAUCUAUGAGAGUAGCAGUGUGAGGGAGGCUCUCGCAGCAAACCCAAAAGCGCCUGAGGGUGGUGAAAGCCAAGGGCAGCCUCGUCACAUCUCAACAUUCCGCCCCCUAAUUAAUACCUGCAUCUCCCCAGGAGUUCUACGAUGCGUGGGCUGGGUGAUGACGAAGAUGUUUGCCGCUGUUUUUGCCAGUAUUCAAGUGAACCUCAACCAUUUUGAGGCUUUGCACAGAGUCUCAGAAGAGGGCUCGCUGCUGGUCUACGUGUAUGUGCGUCAAAGCAUGCUGGACAGCCUUCUCAUUUCUCUGGUGCUCUUCUGUAACAACCUGAGAGUCCCGUAUACAAUCUGUCCGAUCCGAAUCAACAACUCCUUCCUCAGGGCGAUCCUUCGCAAAAUCGGCAUCAUCUUCUUGCCGCCGUUUGCAUCAACUGAGCAGGAUGCGGAAGCGGACAAUCUCUACGCGCCUGUCAUGACCUCUCUCGUACGUGAGCUGCUACAUGAGGGCCAAUCGUUAAGCCUCGGUGUGUCAGCGGAGUCUGGUCAAGGGGGGCAGUGGCUAGCUCGCAUCAGGCAGCUCAUCAAAGACGGCUCUGUCCCUGAUAUCUGUCUGGUUCCUGUGGGCAUCUCCUAUGAUUGUGUGCCAGAGACACACAUGCAGGUUAGCGAUCUAUUUGGCUGGCUGUCGUCUCUUCUUUGGAGGAAACCAGAAGGAAUUGUUAGGAUUCAUCUUGCUCAGCCCUUUACUCUUAAGGAGAUGUACGCAUCAGGCAGGUGCAGAGUAGUUGAAUGGCGCCCUCUACAGGACCUGUUGCUGCCUGUCAUUAUCAACGAUAGCACUGUGAGUGAGUUUGGUGAAAGGAAGAUGUGGUGGUUCCCGCCUUGUCGUUCUGUGUCAGAAAGCACAGAGCUAGCUCAUCAGGAGAGUGAGCUCAACACUGCCAUCGCUGUCCACCUCGUCUUCUCUGUAAUCUCCUGCAUGGCAGUGAUGUCCACCAGUCUGCUGUCCAGUCUUUUGCUCUACAGACACCGCAAGGGUGUGAGCACGUCCAUCUUGUGUCGUGAUGUCAGCUGGCUCACGGAGGAGCUCUUGUUUAGGAACAAAGAUGUCGGAUUUGGAGGAAGUCUAACAGAAGUGGUCCACUACGCCGUCACGCUGCUCGCCCCUCACCUCAUCAUAGCUGCAGUACCUUCAAGGCAAGACCCUUUGAUUGUACCUCGUCCUACUCUUGCUAGCACACAGCACCUGGACCUUCAGGCGCAGAUUGUAACCCAUGCUUUUAUUUUGGAAGCGGUUGGUGCAUGUGCCGUGUCAGCUAUGCUAUCCGAGAUUGCCAGCAGUGGCAUCAGCAGCAAGGUGAGGGCUGACAGCGCAGAUGGAGACCAGGUCAAAGGUGACUUGGAGUUUGAUGUGGUCCUCUGCCAGUUGGAGCUGACUGAAAGGGCCCUGCAGCUCUGCCAUCUCCUGCCUCCGGGCUUUAGACCACCCUGCCAGUCUUCUCAAAACUUCGCACUGGAUGCGAUUGACAGUUUGGUGCGAUGCGGCAUCCUGAUCAUGGAAGAAGUUCAGAAGAACGUUCCAAUCUGUGAUUUCUGGAAGAGAGAGGGCGCCCUGACCUGGACCACCACAGAUGGGUCGUAUCAAAGCGAUUCUGAUUGUGAGGAGCAGGACUUGUUGUCCUACAAGAUAAGCCAACCAAAUCAGUGUCCCGAAAUGCUGUUCUUCCUCUGCAACAUGCUAGCCGGACGUCUGAGGGCUCUCUCCUGGACCACCACUUUCUUGGACCACCUAAAAACUCCUCUGCCAGAAGGUGAUUUUGUGACUCAGCUGUGCUCACAUCUGUGUGAUACAGCAAAUAAGAAGAAACAGCACUACGAGAGCUGCUCACAGGAGGCUGCUCAAGCUGCAGUUGGAACACUAAUAGACUUGGGGGUCCUCAUGGAGGAGCGGCGGGAGGGAGGAAUCUUCCUUGGGGUCACACCUUUGUUCCAGUCGACACAAAACCGGCAGAAACUGCAGCGCUUCAUCUCUCAGUACCUCUGCGAUUAAUAUGUCAAACUGCCGCGUUCGGUGCUUAACUGUGUUUUCAGAGUCAAAAGUUUGGUUUUAGAGUCCAUGUUGAGGUGCCAAGGCCUUUGGGGUUAAUCGCAUUGAGAGAUUUUUAGUUAUGAGACAGUGAUUUCAAGUUUUGCUUCGGUAAUAGCAUUAGCAUAAAGCUGCAGGAGAUGAGGAUUGCGGUUGCUGUAAUCAGCAACGUAGUAUGAUGAUGCAGCGUGCUCUCCCCUGUGUUCAUACUGUAACCAGGGUGCUUUUAUUUGUAAGCUGAUCACAUUUCAGCUGUUUUUUUUUUUCUACUCUUACCAAGUACAUUAUUUCACAUCCCAUGCUAAUGAGACCCAAUUCUCUUCAUCUCAUCGUUAUUAAACUGCUCUAACUUGA